AUAUAUUUCUUGUUUUGAUCAUCGCGAUUGUGAGUUUUCUCGUGCAUUUUCCGGCUAAAACUUUAUUAUUUCGCACAUGUGAUGGAUUCUACCGAUAUUUUCAAGAAGUUAACAUGUGGCGCUUCGUUCAAAAAAAGCAAUUUCACACUGCAAAAGCAGAAAACCACCUCAUGGAAAAUCAAGGAUGAAAUUAAGUCCGAACCAGUCAAUCUCUAUGCGGAUCACGAGAGAAUGCAGGAUUGGCUCAUAUCUACAAACACGGACGAGGAGGUGAAGUCAGAGCCCGAAGAGGAGCUCAACAUUCUGGACAACAUGAAGCAAUCCGUGCCGCAGAAGAGGAAAAAGUCCCGCGAACUCUCGAAGAAGGUGAAGAACCAAAUGGCCAUCGAGGCGGUGAAUUACCUGAGGAAUAAGCACAAGAUCAGCGUGAAUGGAUCGGGAAUUCCUCCGCCCGUUGACACAUUCGACGAGAUGGCUGAAAAGUACAGCCUCAGGAUGAAUAUCACCAACAACCUGACCAUCUGUGGCUACACAGAUCCCACGCCCAUCCAGAUGCAAGCCAUGCCGGUGAUGCUCUCCAAGAAGCUCUCUCUGUUGGCGUGCGCGCCCACGGGAUCGGGGAAAACGGCGGCAUUCCUCGUGCCGAUCAUCAGAGAUCUGGAAGUGCCGAAGAAAGAGGGAUUCCGGGCACUGAUUGUCUGUCCGACGCGCGAAUUGGCUCGUCAGAUCCUCAGAGAGUGCUCCAGACUGUGCGAAGGCAUCAACUUCAAGCUCCACUUGAUAACAAAGACGCAAAAGCCCGAGGAGAACUACUCGCCGGAGAAGACGAAGAGAUUCGACAUUCUCAUCAGCACGCCGAACAGGAUUUGCUUCCUGCUGCAGGAGAAUCUGCUGGAUCUGGCGGGAGUGCAGUGGCUGGUGAUCGAUGAGGCGGACAAGUUGUUUGAGGAGGGCAAGAAUAGCUUCCGGAAGCAGCUGGAUCAGAUCGUGACGGCGUGUUCGCAUCCUCAGCGACGGAUUGCCCUCUUCAGCGCCACGCACACUCUCACCGUGGGUAAGUGGACGAAGCGCAACCUGAAGCACCUGGUGAAGGUCACCGUGGGUGUGCGCAACUCCGCCACGGACUCUGUGGAGCAGAAACUGCUGUUCGUCGGCUCGGAAGCUGGGAAACUCCUCGCCGUGCGGGAUCUGGUGAAGGAAGGCCUGCAGCCGCCGGUGCUGGUGUUUGUCCAGAGCAAGGAGCGUGCCCAGCAACUCCUCUCCGAGCUCCUCUACGACGGCAUCAACGUGGACGCCAUCCAUGCGGAUCGCAGCCAGAAUGAACGCGACGCCGUUGUGCGCGGCUUCCGCGAGGGGAAGAUCUGGGUGCUGAUCUGCACGGAGCUCAUGAGUCGCGGCAUUGACUUCAAGGGCGUGAAUCUGGUCAUCAACUACGACUUCCCACCCUCGUCCAUCUCCUACGUGCACCGCAUCGGCCGCGCCGGCAGAGCAGGAAGGCGCGGACAGGCGGUGACCUUCUUCACGGCCGACGACGUGGUGAAUCUGCGCAGCAUCGCUCAGAUCAUUCGCAACUCCGGCGGCACUGUUCCCGAAUACAUGCUGGCGCUGAAGCGGCGCUCGCGCAAGGUUCGCCGGAAGCUGAUGAACAGCGCCCCAAAGCGCGAGGACAUCACGACACUGCCCAAGUUCAUGCGCAGGAAAGCGGGAAGAGUGCGAAAGAAUAGAUCGGUGGUGAAAAAACUGAACAGUCUUCUUGCGUUAAUCAAUCCUCCCAAUUAG